AUGGAUGCCACCAACGGAACCAAGUUAGAGAUCAUCCCUCUCGUCAUCGAUGGGAAACCCACUAGCGCAAAUCCAUCCAUCACAUUCCCGGUCUUUGGCCUGGAGCAACAGCGAGACGUCUUCCUUGCAGAAUCUGCAGAUGUAGACGCCGCUGACCGUGCGGCCAACGCGUCAUGGAAGACAUUUCAGACCUGGAGGAAAACACCCAGCGUUGAUCGUCGACGACUGCUGAAUCGCUACGCCGAGCUUCUUCGUAACCAUGAAGAAGAGUUUGUCCGGUUCCAGCGCCUGGAAGUCAGUAUGAACGAGAUAUGGGCGAGAAAGAAUGUUCAUCUCGCUGCGGAUUUGGUGGAAGAGAUCGCCGCGUGCGUGACGAGGCUGGAGGGGCUUAUUCCCCCGACCCAGACGGAGGGGAGCAUGGCGUUGGCAUUUCCGGUUCCAGUUGGACCAGUGCUUUCAAUUUCGCCAUGGAAUUCACCAGUGAUAUUGGGAGCCAGAUCCAUUGCCACACCGGUUGCUGCCGGCUGCACGGUGGUGUUCAAAGUAUCAGAAGCCUGCCCAAAGACUCAUCACUUGCUAGUUGAGAUUUUCAAACAGGCCGGACUUCCCGAUGGCGUAAUCAAUGUGCUCCAAACUCGCCGCGAAGACGCCGCCGCUGUGACUGAGGCGCUUAUUGCUCACCAAGCGAUUAGAAAAGUCGAGUUCGUUGGCAGUGUCGGCAUUGGCAAAGUCAUUGGCCAGCUAGGGGGGAAGUAUUUGAAACCCGUGCUCAUGGAGCUGGGUGGCAAAGGCCCAGCGAUCGUGCUUGCUGACGCUGAUCUGAAGGAUGCGGCUCAGAAGUGUGUCGCUGGUGCCUACCUACACCAUGGCCAGUUAUGCUUUUCCACAGAAAGAGUCAUCGUGAUAGAAUCAGUGGCCGAAAAAUUCCAAGAAUAUGUAAAGGAAGUUGCCACGAGUUUCCCUACCGGCAGCGGCGUCACCUCCCGCAUCAUCAACGCUUCACUCGACAAACUCAACGAUGCUCAAAGUAAAGGCGCCAAAUUCCUCGUUGGCGGUCCAGAGCGGGCGUCUAAGUCGGCUCUCAAGCCCACCAUUGUGACAGGGGUGACAAACGGCAUGGAAAUUGCAGAUGAGGAAGCAUUCGGACCCUCAUUCAGUCUCUAUAUUGUGAAAGACGACAAGGAGGCCAUUGAACUGGCGAACGCAACCAAGUACGGCUUGAACGCUGCAGUUCACUCAAAGGAUAUGCAGCAUGCGUUAGAGGUUGCGAAGGAAAUUGACACGGCACAAAUCCACAUUAACAGCAUGACUGCGCAUGAUGAACCGACAAUCCCGGUUGGAGGUAUGAAGGCCAGUGGUUGGGGACGAAACAAUGGUUUAUGGGGUCUGAAAGAAUUCACAGACAUCAAGCUGAUCACGCUCAGUCCGAAAGGGAAUGAUUUCAUCUGA